UAGCAGCUCAACCAACUGUCCCACCUCCCCUCCCUUCCCUCUUUCUCUCUCUCUCCUCUUGUGGUUAAAUUAUCAUCAAAGCUUGUCACAUGUCACAGGCUUUUCUUACAUAAAGUUCUCUGGGUCUUUGGGUGCAAGCCACAAGAGUUCUUUGGCAAUAGUCUUUGGCAUUGAGGUAAACAAUGUCUGUCACAUAUGCUGUAGAGGUUGAAGAAUCAAGGCCUGCAACCGAGAAAAAGCCGUCUGCAGGGCCGGUUUACAGGUGCAUCUAUGCUAAAGAUGGUCUCCUGGAUUUGCCUGAGGGAAAGCAUUCUCCAUGGGAGUUCUUUAGUGAUUCUGUUGAAAGGAGUCCAAAUAGUCGAAUGCUGGGUCGACGGCAAACCAAAGAUUCUAAGCAAGCUGGUCCUUACGUAUGGAUCACAUACCAGGAGGCUUAUGAUGCAGCUGUUAGAAUUGGUUCUGCCAUGAGGAGCCGUGGUGUGAACCCUGGAGACCGCUGUGGUAUAUAUGGGUCAAAUUGUCCAGAAUGGAUCAUUGCUAUGGAGGCUUGUAACAGUCAAGCUGUCACAUAUGUCCCACUAUAUGAUACUCUUGGUGCUAAUGCAGUGGAGUUCAUCAUUAACCAUGCUGAAGUUUCAAUAGCCUUUGUUCAAGAGAACAAGCUCCCUGCAAUUCUAUCAUGCCUCCCAGCAUGUUCUUCCUACCUAAAAACUAUUGUCAGCUUUUCAUAUGUUUCUAGCACACAGAAGAAGGAAGCUGAAGAACUUGGGGUAUCUCUCUUUUCUUGGGAGGAGUUCUCUGGGCUGGGCUCUUUGGAUUGUGAACUUCCUCCAAAACAGAAGACUGACAUAUGCACAAUAAUGUAUACUAGUGGAACAACAGGAGAACCAAAAGGAGUCAUUCUCACAAACAGGGCAAUCAUGACAGAAGUGUUGUCCAUAGAUCAACUCAUAGACAUUACAGACAGAGCGUGUUCCGAGGAAGAUACAUAUUUUUCCUUCCUUCCUCUGGCGCAUGUAUAUGAUCAGAUAAUGGAGACCUAUUUCAUCAAAAGGGGUUCCUCCAUAGGAUUUUGGAGAGGGGAUGUCCGUUAUUUAAUGGAAGAUGUUCAGGAACUAAAGCCAACUGCCUUUUGUGGGGUUCCAAGAGUUUAUGACCGUAUAUACACUGGUAUUGUUAACAAAAUUUCAUCUGGCGGUGCAAUUCGGAAUAAGUUGUUCCAGUAUGCCUAUAACUACAAAUUAGGAAAUAUGGAGAUUGGAUUCCCGCAAGACAAAGCAUCCCCUCUCUUGGACAAACUGGUCUUUGACAAGGUAAGACAAGCAUUGGGAGGCAAAGUUCGUUUAAUGUUAUCUGGUGCAGCACCUUUGCCUAGGCAUGUGGAGGAAUUUCUGCGGGUCUCCUGUUGCUCUAAUUUAUCACAGGGAUAUGGUUUGACUGAGAGCUGCGGUGGAUGUUUUACUUCCCUCGCCAAUGUAAUGUCUAUGAUCGGAACUGUUGGAGUUCCCAUGACAACCAUUGAAGCAAGGCUUGAGUCAGUGCCAGAGAUGGGAUAUGAUGCAUUGUCCAGUGUGCCACGAGGAGAAAUAUGCCUGAGGGGAAACACCUUGUUCUCAGGUUACUACAAGAGACGAGAUCUAACUGAUGAAGUUCUUGUCGAUGGGUGGUUUCACACAGGUAUAAGACCUUCAAAUUUGCAUCAGGGUAACAAUAUGCAGAAACUCAACUGUUUGAUUCCUCAACAUGUUGAUAUUGUUACAGGUGACAUUGGAGAGCUGCAACCAGAUGGAUCGAUGAAAAUCAUUGACAGGAAAAAGAAUAUAUUCAAGCUUUCGCAAGGCGAAUACGUUGCUGUGGAGAACGUUGAAAAUACAUACUCACGUUGCCCUCAUAUAACGUCGAUCUGGGUUUAUGGGAACAGCUUUGAGUCAUUUCUUGUGGCUGUGGUAGUCCCUGAAAGAAAGGCACUAGAGGAUUGGGCGAUGGAACAUGAUGAAGCUGUUGAUUUCAAAUCAUUGUGUGAAAACCGUAAGGCAAGGAAGUAUAUUCUAGACGAGCUAAAUAGCACUGGUCAGAGACAUCAACUUAGAGGCUUUGAGAUGUUAAAAGCAGUGUACUUUGAACCAACUCCCUUUGACAUGGAGAGGGAUCUCAUAACCCCAACGUUUAAGCUGAAGAGGCCACAGCUGCUCAAAUACUACAAGGACCGCAUCGAUCAACUGUACAGUGAAGCAAAGGGGUCAAAGGCAUGAGAGCAGUUCCGAGAAGCAAGAACCUAAUAUUCAGCUAUGUCGAUUGCCAGCAGUUGCUGCAACUUGUUUCUGUUUGUUUGAAAAUCUUAAUGAAGGAAAACUUAUAGUACUUAAAACUGAAGUUGAAAACUGAUCUCUGUUAGUGUUGGUACAUAAAUAAAAGAUUAUCAUAAGCUUUCUGUUUAUUA